GCCGUCGCCGCCCGCGCCGCCGCCGUCCCCUCCGAAGGACGCAUCCCUGCGCAGUCGCCCCCGGCGCGGAGCAACCAUCCAACCCCUCCUCCCGGCGAUUUCUUCCGGGGGAUUCAGCGGCCGUGGCGGCGAUGGACAUCUACAACGUGGAGGCCGCCGAGAUCCUCGCCCACGAGACCCUCAAUCUCCCCAUCGGCGAGGCCGCCCCCAUCUACGAGAAGCUGCUCGCCACCUUCCCAACAGCGGCUAAGUAUUGGAAGCAGUAUGUGGAAUCGUACAUUGUCACCAACGACGAGGAGACCGCCAAGCAGAUAUUCAGCAGAUGCUUGCUCACCUGCCCUCAUAUUAAUCUCUGGCGUUGUUACAUCAACUUCAUAAAAAAAGUAAACAGCAAAAGGGGCUCUGAGGGUCUGGAAGAGACAAAAAAGGCUUUUGAUUUUAUGCUUAACUAUGUUGGCAAUGAUGUUGCAUCUGGCCCUGUUUGGAUGGAAUACAUUGCAUUCUUGAAGUCAAUGCCGGUUAUGACGCCUCAGGAAGAGUCACACCGCAUGACUACUAUAAGGAAAGUAUACCAGAAGGCAAUUUUAGUUCCAACUAGUCAUGUCGAGCAGCUAUGGAAGGAUUAUGAUAACUUCGAAAAUUCUGUUAGCCGCACCUUGGCAAAAGGCUUGCUAUCUGAGUAUCAACCGAAGUUUAACAGUGCUAAGGCUGUAUAUAGAGAGCGCAAGAAGUAUAUUGAUGAUAUUGAUUGGAGCAUGCUGGCCAUCCCCUCUACAGGCUCCUACAAGGAAGAGCAACAGUGUUUGGCAUGGAAAAGACUUCUAACAUUUGAGAAGGGUAAUCCUCAAAGAAUUGAUGCUACAGCUGCUAAUAGGCGUAUUACUUUUACUUAUGAGCAAUGCCUAAUGUAUCUAUACCAUCAUCCUGAUGUAUGGUAUGAUUAUGCUAUGUGGCAUGCUAAGAAUGGUUCUACGGAUUCUGCAAUCAAAAUAUUUCAGCGCGCUGUAAAAGCACUCCCUGGUUCUGAAGUACUAAAAUAUGCCUUUGCUGAACUGGAAGAGUCUGUAGGGGCGAUUCAGCCUGCUAAGACAAUAUACGAAUCUCUUAUAGCUGAAAAUGCAAGCAUGUCGUCACUUGCACACAUUCAGUUUAUUCGUUUUUUAAGGAGAACAGAAGGCAUUGAAGCAGCUCGCAAGUACUUUCUGGAAGUUCGGAAGUUGCCAAGCUGCACUUAUCAUGUCUAUGUUGCAUAUGCUACAAUGUCGUUUUGCCUCGACAAAGAUGCGAAGGUAGCUCAAAAUGUUUUUGAAGUUGGUCUAAAGCGAUUUAUGCAAGAACCAGGAUAUGUCCUCGAAUAUGCAGACUUCUUGUGUCGCUUAAACGAUGAUAGAAAUGUACGUGCAUUGUUUGAGCGAGCUCUGAGCUUACUUCCUCCCGAGGAAUCCAUAGAGGUAUGGAAACGAUUUUCUCAAUUUGAGCAGAUUUAUGGGGAUUUGUCAAGCAUGUUAAAGGUGGAACAAAGAAGGAAGGAAGCUUUAUCUAGGACGUCAGAAGAUGUCGUAUCGUCCUUAGAGAAUACACUUUAUGACGUUGUUUCUAGAUAUAAUUAUAUGGAUCUCUGGCCAUGCUCAUCAAAAGAAUUGGAUUAUCUGUCGAGACAGGAGUGGCUUGCAAAGAACAUGUUUAAGAAGGCCGACAAGUCAGUUAUGCUAACUAGUGGUGGUGGUGCUACCUUAGAUAAAGGUUCUGUUGGAGUUGGUGCCAAUGCAAAGUUAUUGCCACAGUCUGCAAAAGUUGUUCGUCCCGAGACUUCUCGAAUGGUUAUUUAUGAUCCUAGACAGAUGAAAGGACCAGUGGUUUCAGCCACAUCCAGUGGGUACACAAAGGAGGUUGACGAAAUAUUCAAAAUGCUUUCUCCACCACUCACGUCUUUCAUCACAAAUUUGCCUGCUAUUGAAGGUCCAUCACCAGAUAUAGACAUUGUGCUUAGCGUGCUGUUGCAAAGCACAUUGCCAACGGGACAUGAUGUUGGCAAACCGUCAGCUCCAGUUCCUGGCCCUGCCACAAGUGAUCUCUUGGGACCCCGCAACCAAAAUGGAUCAGUUCGUAGACCUCCAAAAAGGAAGGCUGUCGAAAGGCAAGAGGAAGAAGACGCAGCGGUGGCUGCGCAGAGUCGAGCGAUGCCGGACAUAUUCAGGCUCAGGCAGAUCCAAAGAAGCCGCGGCACGGGCCCUGCUCAGUCUGGAUCGGCGGCGAUGUCCAGCGGAAGCAUGUUUUCUGGGGAGCAAUCAGCCAACAGCUCAAGCUAGUUCACCAAUCUGUAGCUAGUUCUCUGGAUUCACGUAGCUUUUCUUUCGAUGAUAUAUAUGAUGCAUAGUCUCGUUCAUUCGGUAGAUAUGUAGUUUGGCCGCUCAUGGGGAAAGUUAUGCAUUGUACAAAUGUAACAGUAGACUGAUAAACCUGUAGGCAUGGCAAGUGCAUUGCUCGAGAAUAUGAACCGAAGGUCCCAAACAGGACAGGAGAGAGUGCAGAAUCAGCAUCACCUGGAUGAGUAAAGGCCAAAUCAAGAUUAGAGAAUAGCAUGAAGUGACUAAUUUGAAGCAGAAAACAUGUGUAUGUAUUGUGAUCAUUGGUGAAUAUUGCGAAAUAAUAGCUGUGUCAAGUCAUCAA